GCGGCCCUUUUAAACAACCUUCCUACGCUGUGCUUCUCUUCUCUCUACUUCAACUCCCACUGUGCAUUUUUUAGAGAGAGAAACUUCCCACUUCGCCAACAUUUUCCGACGAACCGAUGGAAAAUUAAAAUCUGAGAGUUGGGAAAAUGAGGCCCCCAUUACAAGGGAUUGCAAAUGAUGUACAUGGAAGAUUAGUAUUUUACAAGCAAGAUUGGAUUGGAGGUAUUAAAUCUGGAAUUGGGAUAUUAGCUCCAACAACCUUCAUUUUCUUUGCUUCUGCACUUCCUGUCAUAGCUUUUGGAGAACAACUCAGCAGAGACACAGAUGGAAGCUUGAGCACAGUUGAGACUUUAGCUUCAACAGCAAUAUGUGGAAUCAUACAAUCAUUAAUUGGUGGGCAACCUCUCUUAAUAGUAGGAGUUGCUGAACCUACUGUGAUUAUGUACUCUUAUCUUUACAAAUUUGCCCAAGGAAGGCCUGAUUUGGGAAAACAACUUUACUUAGCUUGGACCGGAUGGGUUUGUGUGUGGACCUCCCUCAUGUUAAUUCUGCUUUCGGUAUUCAAUGCUGCAACGAUCAUUAAUCGCUUCACUAGGUUUGCCGGAGAGCUCUUUGGCAUGUUGAUCACUGUUCUUUUCAUCCAAGAGACUAUCAAGGGAGCUGUGAGUGAAUUUGGAAUUCCUAAGGGCGAGAAUCCUAGCGAAAUGAAAUUCCAGUUCCAAUGGCGUUAUGUAAAUGGGCUUCUCGGUAUCAUAUUUACCUUUGGUCUUCUCUCAACGGCCUUAAAAAGUCGUAGGGCAAGAGCAUGGCGCUAUAGUACAAGUCGUGUUAGAAGCUUCAUUGCCGAUUAUGGGGUUCCUUUAAUGGUUGUGGUCUGGACCGCUGUAUCAUUUAGUGUUCCUAAUGGCGUUCCUGAGGGAGUACCUAGACGACUUUACAGCCCUCUGCCUUGGCAAUCUGAAUCUUUGUAUCAUUGGACUGUUGUCAAGGAUAUGGCUAAGGUACCGGUAGUAUACAUCUUUGCUGCGAUAAUCCCUGCUGUGAUGGUGGCCGGACUCUACUUCUUUGAUCAUAGUGUUGCUUCUCAACUCGCGCAGCAAAAGGAGUUCAAUUUACGAAAGCCUUCCACUUACCACUAUGAUAUCUUAGUUCUUGGACUUAUGACUUUGCUUUGUGGACUAAUUGGACUUCCUCCAUCAAAUGGUGUCCUUCCGCAAUCACCAAUGCAUACUAAGAGCCUCGCUACCCUUAAACGUCAGCUAAUGGGGAAGAAGAUGGCGAAGUGUGCGAAACAAAACAUAAAGAACAAUGCAAGUAGCACCGAAAUCUAUGAUAAGAUCGAAGAUAUAUUUAUCGAAAUGGAUCAAAGCUCGGAUCCCUUUGAAGUUGCCAAGGAGCUUAAAGAACUAAAACAGGCAGUGAUGAAGAAAGACGGAAAGGAAGGAAAAGAAAACAAUGGUUUUACGCUUGAUCAUAUCAAUCCUUUUUUGCCCGUUAGAGUGAACGAGCAAAGAGUGAGCAACCUCUUACAAUCGGUUUUAGUAUUAAUGGCUAUGUUUGCUAUGCCCGUGAUCAAGUUGAUACCCACCUCCGUUCUUUGGGGAUACUUUGCAUAUAUGGCUAUUGAUAGUCUCCCGGGAAGCCAAUUUUGGGAAAGGAUCCUCCUCCUUUUCAUCACUCCAUCAAGAAGAUACAAAGUAUUGGAAGGUCUUCAUGCAUCAUACAUAGAAUCAGUACCCUUUAAGUGCAUUGCAGCAUUCACAAUAUUCCAGUUUGUGUACUUACUGAUCUGUUUCGGGAUCACUUGGAUUCCGAUUGCUGGAAUACUUUUCCCCUUACCAUUCUUCCUUCUGAUAAGCAUAAGACAACAUAUUCUCCCAAAGUUUUUUGAACAGAUUUAUCUACAAGAACUGGAUGCUGCUGAGUAUGAGGAGAUUAUCGGUGCACCCAGACGCGCUGUUAGUCUAUCUUUCAAGAGUGAAAAUCAUGAAGAUGAACCAAUGGGAGAUCGCGGUGAGAAACUAGAUGAACUUACAACCAGCAGAGGGGAGUUCAGGAUCAGAACUUUGAGCUUUAGUAACAUACAAAGGGAAACUUCUAAAGAUGAACCUAUGGGAAAUGAGAUAUUAGAUGAACUCACUACUAGUAGAGGAGAGUUCAGGAUCAGAACCUUUAGCUUUAAUAAUCCACAGAUUCAACGUCAAGAUAUUGUUCAUCCAGCACGGAGUAAUAGUUUUGAAUGAUCAAGCAGAGAAGUUUGACAUUAAUGAAGAUGAGACAUUACUACAAAACUAAACAACAAUGGUUGGUCAUAGCCCAUGACAUCUUAGCCAAGUAGUUAAGAUUGAGGUCAUUAUUAUCUUAGGUACUUUAUUACAAUUUAAGUCUGUUACAUUUUUUAUUAUUAUAUGUCAUGUUUAAUAUGUAAUAUUUUCUUUUUGAAAAUGAUUCAUACUUUUUUUAUUUCA